AUGCAUCAAAAGAACAACGCGGCGGCGGCCGCAUCCCGUGAUGAAAAUGGAGAGGGUGAAAAGGACGACAAAGCGGAGUCUGGCGAAGGCGAGAGGCUGCAGAACCCCUUCGCGGACGACGAGGAUGACGAAGAAAACUCGAGCGACGAGGAUGAUGAGGACCACCACGGCACAAAUGCAGCUGCAGCGGUGACAGGCGCAUGGGACCAACCGGGUCAAGGGUCAUGGUGGCGCGGCGGAAGACGGCCAGACGCCACCACCCGGUUUGACGGACAGGAAGACUCUGACGAAGAGGACGAAGACGAGGAAUUCGGCGACUUCGCCAUGCCCGAGGUGGAACCCGCGCCCGGAACGGACCCGAACGACAAGAGCAUCCUGAAGCCCCUUGCCGUGCACCCGCUCCAAGGAGGGUCCGGGGGCAAGGCCUUUAGCGGACUGUGGCCGUUCGCGGGCAAAAAGGACGGCAAGGACGACAAAUCAGAGGACGCUGACAAGGGACCGGCCGACGAGACGGCGGCGGGAGACGACGAGAAGCCAGUCCAGGCAGCGAUCGAGGCUGCGCGGCGGACUAGCAUUGAGGAUCCCGACGACGACGAGGAGGUGGUGGUGCAGAAGCCGUCGAGCCUAUGA